AUACAGGAAGCUUUGAUUUCUAUUGUUAUAUUCUCUCGAAAUUAUGCAUCUUCUUCCUGGUGUUUGGAUGAAUUGGUGAAAAUAAUUGAGUGUAAGAAAUCCAAGGGCCAGAUUGUUUUGCCAAUUUUCUAUAAGGUGAAUCCAUCGGAUAUACGAAAACAAACAGGAAGUUUUGGAGAAGCAUUGGCCAAACAUCAGGCUAAGUUCAUGGAGAAGACUCAAAUAUGGAGGGAAGCUUUAACUACUGCUGCCAACUUGUCUGGUUGGGAUCUCGGAACUAGGAAGGAGGCUGAUUUUAUUCAAGACCUUGUUAAAGAAGUAUUGUCUAGAUUAAAUUGUGCCAAUAGGCAGUUAUAUGUAGCUAAGUAUCCAGUUGGAAUUGAUUCUAAACUAGAAGAUAUGAAAUUACACUCUCAUCGGAUACAACAUGUGUCUGAUGGCGUUUACAUGAUGGGGAUAUAUGGCAUUGGAGGCAUCGGUAAGACAACCUUGGCUAAAGCUUUGUACAAUAAAAUUGCUCACCAAUUUGAAGGAUUCUGCUUUCUAUCAAAUGUUAGAGAAGCUUCAAAGCAAUUCAAUGGCCUUGUUCAACAACAAGAAAAGCUACUCUAUGAGAUCUUAAAGGAUGAUUUGAAGGUUGGCAAUCUUGAUGAAGGAAUUAACAUCAUAAGGAGUAGAUUGCGUUCAAAGAAAGUUCUUGUAGUUCUUGAUGAUGUGGAUAAGCUCGAGCAAUUAGAAGCAUUGGUUGGUGGGCGUGAUUGGUUUGGCCCUGGUAGUAAAAUCAUUGUGACAACAAGAAACAGUCAUUUGCUUUCUAGCCAUGAAUUUGAUGAGACGUAUGGUAUUCAAGGAUUGAGUCGUGACUAUGCCCUUGAACUUUUUAGUUGGCAUGCUUUUAAGAAAAGUCACCCAUCAAGUAAUUACUUAGAUCUUUCAGAACGUGCAACAAGUUAUUGCAAAGGCCAUCCUUUGGCUCUUGUUGUUUUGGGCUCUUUCCUUUGUUCCAGAGACCAAACAAAAUGGAAAACUAUAUUAGAUGAAUUUGAAAACUCUCUGAGCAAAGACAUUAAAGAUAUUCUUCAAAUAAGUUUUGAUGGGCUUGAAGAAAAAGUAAAGGAAAUUUUCCUUGAUAUUUCUUGUUUGCUGGUGGGAGAGAAAGUUAAUUAUGUUAAGCAUAUAUUAAACACAUGUCAUUUCAAUCUAGAUUUUGGAAUUGUAGUUCUCAUGGAUCUUUCACUUAUUACGUUUGAAAACGAUGAGGUGCAAAUGCAUGAUUUGAUACGACAGAUGGGACGUAAAAUAGUUAAUGGUGAAUCUUCUGAGCCUGGAGAAAGGAGUAGGUUGUGGUUGGUACACGACGUUUUGAAGGUGUUUAUUGAUAAUUCAGGAACCAGUGCAGUCAAAGCCAUAAAGUUGGACUUGCCUAAUCCCACAAGGCUAGAUGUGGAUCCACGAGCUUUUAGCAACAUGCAAAAUCUGAGAUUGCUUAUUGUUAGAAAUGCAACAUUUUCUACUAAUCUUGAAUAUCUACCUUAUAACUUAAAGUGGAUUACGUGGCAUGGAUUUGCUCAUCGAUCUUUGCCGUCGUGCUUUACUACGAAACAUCUUGUUGGACUGGAUUUGCAACAUAGCUUGAUAAAAAAUCUGGGCAAAGGAUUUAAGGAUUGUAUGAGGUUGAAGCUGCUUGAUCUUAGCCACUCUGCUUUAUUAGAAAAGAUUCCCGAGUUCUCUGCAACAUCAAACCUUGAAGAAUUGUACCUUAGCCACUGCACAAAUUUAAGAACGAUUCCUAAGUCAGUUGUUUCUCUUGGUAAGCUUAUUACCCUAGACCUCGAUCAUUGUUCGAACCUUAAAAAGAUUCCAAACUAUCUCAUUUUGAAGUCUCUUAAAGUUUUGAAGCUCAGUCACUGCAAAAGAUUUGUGAAACUUCCCGACUUCUCUGCAGCAUCAAACCUUGAAAAGUUGUAUCUUAAAGAAUGCACAAAUUUGAGAAUGAUUCACGAGUCUAUUGGAUCACUGAAUAAGCUUGUUACCUUGGACCUUGGAAAAUGCUCUAACCUUGAAAAGCUUCCAAGCUACCUUACAUUAAAGUCUCUUGAAUGUUUGAAUCUUGCUCACUGCAAAAAGCUUGACGAAAUUCCCGACUUCUCUUCUGCAUUAAACCUUAAAAGCUUGUAUCUUGAACAAUGCACGAAUUUAAGAGUGAUUCAUGAGUCUAUUGGAUGUUUGGAUAGUCUUGUUACCUUGGACAUUAGACAAUGCACUAACCUUGAAAAGCUUCCAAGCUACCUCAAGUUAAAGUCUCUUAAACAUUUAGAACUCUCUGGCUGCUGUAAGCUCGAACUGUUUCCAAAAAUUGCUGAAAACAUGAAAUCCUUAAUGUCAUUGCAUUUGGAUUUUACUGGCAUAAGGGAGCUACCUUCAUCAAUUGGAUACCUUACUUCGCUUUUGCUAUUGAACCUUGAUGGUUGCACAAACCUCAUCUCCCUUCCUAGUACAAUUUAUUUGUUAAAGAGUCUCAAUCAUCUUCGUCUUGGUGGGUGUUCUAGAUUUGAAAUGUUUUCCCAUAAAUGGGACCCAACCACCCAUCCAGUAUGCUCUUUUUCAAAAAUUAUGGAAACUCUAUCGAGUUCAGAAUUUCCCCAUUUACUAGUCCCAAAAGAAAGCUUAUGUUCCAAAUUCACCUUGUUGGAUCUUCAAUGUUGCAAUAUACCAAAUGUAGAUUUUUUGGAAAUUUUAUGUAAUGUCGCCCCUUUCUUAUCUAGCAUACUCUUGUCGGAAAACAAAUUCUCUAGUCUACCCUCAUGUCUCCAUAAGUUUAUGUCCUUGUGGAAUCUCCAGUUGAGGAAUUGCAAGUUUCUUCAAGAAAUUCCAAACCUUCCUUGGUGUAUACAAAAAGUGGAUGCCACUGGUUGCGAAUUGUUGGCUAGAAGUCCGGACAACAUCAUGGAUAUAAUAUCAAGGAAGCAGGAUAUUGCACUCGGUGACUUUACAAGAGAGUUUAUUCUAAUGAAUAUUAGGAUUCCAAAAUGGUUCAGCUAUCAGACUAUAUCAAAUUCAAUAAGGGUUAGCUUUCAACAUGAUCUCAAUAUUGAAAGAACUUUGGCUACGUAUGUUACUUUCCAAGUGGUUGGAGAUUCAUAUCAAGGGAUGGCUUUAGUUUCAUGUAACAUAUUCAUCGGCUGUAGACUCCAAAGUUGUUUUAUGAGAAAAUUUCCAUCAUCAACAUCAGAAUAUACAUGGUUAGUAACAACUUCUUCUCCAACAUUUAGUACUUCCUUGGAGAUGAAUGAGUGGAAUCAUGUCAUAGUCUGGUUUGAGGUUGUGAAGUGUUCUGAGGUCACUGUAACUAUAAGAAGCUGUGGUGUCCAUCUCACUGAAGAGGUCCAUGGAAUACAAAAUGAUGUCAAGGGGCCAGGGGUAAUUUAUACAGAUUUUGAUCAACCGGAUGAAUUGCCGAGCCGGGAUGUUGUCAAAUUCUUCGCUCAAGAAGUCUCUGCGAAAUCAGAUUGUAAUGCAAUGUUGCAUGCAGAAAAUUUUCCAGUUUGGAAAGAUGAUUCCAAAAUGCAACGACAUAUGAAUUUUCCCUUACAUGUAACUUCUGAAGGUGUUACAAGGAUACGUGGCAUGGAAGGCAUGGCAGAGACAACACUUGCCAAAUCUAUAUGCGACAAAGUUGAAAGUACUUACUUUUGGAGAGACGAAAGGAGCGAGUCCUUUGGGAGAAAGGCUUUAAAUCAUUCUGGUGGAUUUCUUCGUGUUAAUGAACAUGGAUUUUCUAGCUCAUUUUCAUCCCGGUUGAAGGCUGGAGGCUGUGAAAGAGGAAGUAAUGUCACAAGCGAUGGACUAUCCUCCCAAAAGUAUCUUAGAAUUUUUGAUGAUCGUGAUAGAUUUGGGGAUCUAAAUGGAGUGGCUCAUGGAACUGAUGAUAUGUUUCCUUCAAGAUUUAUAAGGGUGGUUGAUAUAAAAGAGGAUGAUAUUAGAGAAGAGCCUUCUUGGAAGUACAUGGAAAAGUUAUUCCAAGCAGAUCUUAGAUCAUGACAAAGUUGUAAAGUUCUUAGUAGACAUUCUUGUUUCGAGAAGAAUAUCUACCAUCAAUUGAUUAUUUUCACCUUUCAAGAUGUUCACAUUUAUGGAAGGCAAAUUCUGUUGUUAGUGUGAUGUAUGCGUAGUUCUUUUCUUCAUAAUGACAUUCAAAGAUUUGUGGAAGAUGAAGAGAAACUAAUUAUGUUUCUUUGCCUUUACCUAGAGGACAUAUUCAUGAUGUAUAUUUAAAAUAUUUAUCACUU